AUGCGUGAUGAGUUUCGCCAGUUGUCGAAUCGAUUGAUGCGUAUAUUUGAGCGAAAAUGUUUCUACGCUCAAUCUGGUGGUACGCACGGGAAAGCGCCUGUAGUGAAGCGAGGAAAGAAGGCAACACCGAAGCCUCCGGCAGAUUAUGCCGAACAACAAAAGGUUCAAGCCACGGGAAUACCCAAAGGUUUUCAAGCUGUAAAAGCACCGUAUCUCCGGACAAGACCAGGUCCUUCAAAAAUUUCGUUAGCUCAAGUUGCUGCCGUUGUACAUCCGGGUUCAUCUUCUGCUAGGUUAAUACCAGUAAAUAACGACACCGCCCUGGAUGAGCCAGUUGCAGUUCCUCAGGAACCUGGAGCUGCUCGGGUUGAGGCGGUCGAGCACAAUAAAAGAGUAGAUAUUAAGCGAAUGGUGAAUGAAGCAUUCGUUAGUCGUGACCAGCCCUCGUCACAGUACCAGGAGCAGACGUCGUUAGGACCGUCUGAUCAACGCCCUUCAGGGGUGCCACCUGGACCUUCCAAGACCCUUCGUCAUCAGCGGUCGAUUGCAACCAAGGCGAUUCGUAUGAUAGCGAAUAGAGUGAUCGAACCAGUCGUAGAUCCUGCCACUGGUCGGUACGUUGUUUCGCUUGAUGAUCUGCGCAAUCAAAGCAAUGCUGUCCCUCCUGUUGAAACGCCAACUGCGAGGCGAUAUAUUCCACGUCCGGUUCAUACGCUUCGAGAAAUGGUCGAUUCUGCCAGGAGAGGCCCUAGCGCUACAAUUCAACCAAUUCAUAGUACUGGAAGCCGACCUCAAGGUGCACGGGUAUCGCGAAUCGAUCAAGCUCCUCGUUCCACGUAUAGGCCAUCUGGAGCUGUGAUUGCUCAGCACCAGCAGUUACCAUCAACUUCUACUGGUACUAGAAUACCGGUGCUGAGAGGUCCCAUAACCACACAAGUACCGCGGAAUCUUGCGCUUCCCGUGGGAAAUGCUGCUAUGACGGCUCCAUCAACGACGCGGAAUGACCAUGUAUAUCCUCGAAGUCAUUCUUCUGGACGUACGGCUCAAACUUCAAACAACUCCCGUCGUAGUGCAUCUAGUGGACGGCCGAUAAUAGCUGCAGCCGUAGCACAGCAAGGAAAUGCUGAUGUAGACGAUGACGAUGAGAUCAUUGAAGUCGAUGAUGACCCAGUCGUAGUUGAUGCUUCUCAAACGCAGGCUCAAGCACCAGCUACUGUAGGACAUCGAGCGUCGACCACUUUGUCCCAAGAAACGCAGCCUCGGUUACCAGAUCAAAAUACUGCUCCUGUCGUUGCUAAGGGUCCCCUGGAGUCAACUGUGAUUCCCUCUCAAGAACAAAAUGCUGAAAAAACCCGAUAUGUUCAAGUGAGAGAUGAACAAGGAUUUCUGCGACGUUGCCUGAGAUUGCCUGAUGGAACCCUUGUCCUCAGUAAUCGGAAACCAAAAGCUAUGACUAGAAUAAGGCUUCCUCAGAGUGGAAUAGAAGCAACGUCCGGUGCAAGUCAGGACCAUGCCCGAACGCCAACCGCUGGUGCUGUCUAUGCAACGCAUUCUAUGACUAGAAAGGACGAGAGUCGUCUUGGAAAACAAUCAGAGCAGGUGUGGAAGCGUUCGCAAGCAUCAGUCGCUCCAUGGAGUCACACUGCAACAGUGGCUCCGCAAAGGCAAGAUCCUGUCAGGCAAGGGUCCAAUGAACUUGUCCACGAAGGCGCCAGGAGCAGUCUUGUAACAGGACGAGUGCCAAGCAAAGCAUGGCUCUGUACUCGUGGACGCAUGACAGACAUUAUUGUGAUAAGCGAACAAUCGCCAGAGAAGAAGACCAGAUCGCGAAGUCGUCGUCCACGAAAGCCUGUAAAAGAGCCAGAUCCUAGUCCAGUGGUUACUCCAAGAGGCAGAUCACGCGCUCCAAAGCAGUUGUCUCGGUUAUGUGCAGUUCCACAGAUUUCGAAGAAUGAAGAGGAACAAAGGGAGGCCCUUCGGCGCCGACUGCAUAAGCAACAAGAAGAAGACUCCGAGAACCUUACUAUCGAUAUUACCGCAGAGGACGAGGCUCUAUCGAACAAGGUUAAAGAACUAGUCGAUGCCCUACCACCAGUCGAACAUUCGGAGUGCGAAGAACCGUUAACGAGUGAACGAAAGAAGGCUGGACGUCCACCGAAGAAAUUCCGAGGACGAUUGGCCAAGCAAAAGCAGGCCAUCCGAGAUGCAGAGUUAGCUGAAAAGGUAGCAAUAAAGCAACGGGAACUACCUGUGCUCGAUUUGGCACUGAAAGUGAUAGACGAUCCAUCAGUCGAGUUGCCGGAGGAGGCACCUAUUGUGGUUGAUAACUUAGUUGAACUCGAUACCACUACACUUCACGAGGUUGGCGAAGUACUGAAGGAAUUAGUGGCACAAGUUUCUUUAAACGAACUUCGGAAAUCGAAUAGAGAAGUGAAGACACGGUCACGUCGCCGUUGGGAACAUUUACCAGAACGUGUUCCGUCCAAAAGGCAAGAGGGUCGUGCCCUUAAACAUCGUGUUCCAGAAAUUAGUCCGUCACCGCCACCGCCGAGAUCGAGGCAUAAAGCUCGAAACAGUGAUAAACAUCGACAAAAUGCGAGUGCCAAGCCUGUACAACAGAAUGAUGCAGCUAGGCCUGUACAACAGACUGAUGCAGCUAUACCUGUACACCAGAAUGAUGCCGAUACCUCUAUCGAGAUUAUUGACGUAGAGAGUGUUGGUCCAGUACGACCAAAGAGUCGAGCCACAUCUUCACGGAGGGCACCGCGCACGGUAAAGGCAGUGGCGGCACCGCAGUCGAUAAAGACGGUCGCAGCACCCCUCCAAAAGACGGCACCACUUCAAAUGGCAGUACAGGUAGUUGAAGAAGUUGCGAGGUCACCAAUGUUGCCAGCAAACUUUCCUAAGAGUCCUGAGAGAGUCAGAGUUGUCAGUCAGUCACUACAAAGGCCUACAGCACCAGUGCCACCGAAGCAGUCUGCAGCAGGCUCUUGGGACCAAGAAGUAAGUUGUGAUAUUAGCAUGACAACUAGUAUUAUCUCGUGUUUUGUUGAAACGAAACUUGCAAUCUCAUACAAUAACGUUUCGGGCCCUGUGCCCUUGACAAGG